AUGGCCGGACCGGGGAGAGGCGCCGGCGCGCUGAGCACCGUCUGGCUCUGCCUCCUGCUUGCUGGUCCCAAUGCCGGCUGCUUCACCUGUCUGGUAGAGACCGGCGUGGGACAGCGCCUGUGUUGGGGCUACGUCCUGCCCAACAGCAUCCGGAGCAUGGACGCCUGCUACAGGACCCUGGAGAGGAUUUUCGGGGACGAGAGGGUGAUCGAGGCCGGGAGAGUGGUGAAGGAGCUGGCUGUGCCGGAGAGGAACCGGACUGUCCUGCGCUGUGAGGUGGGCUUCUCCCUGCCCCAGGACCUACAGAUCUCCUGGAAGUUCGCCCGGCAGGUGAGGACUCAGAACACAGAGCAGUUUGAAGAGCUGACUCUGGGCACUGACCGGAUCUACGCCAUCCCCUCCACCCGGCCCGCCCAGGAGGGCACCUACCUGUGUGAGAUCUUCACCCAGGAGCGCUCCAUCGCAAGAGUCUACUACCACCUCACAGUGCUGUCCCAGGACCCGGGCGGCCCGGCGGAGCUGCAGCGGGUCUUCGACACGGCUCUGCUCUCCCCGGCCCAGUCCGAGGGGCCCCCCCCUCCCCCAGCUCUGCGCCCCCCGGGGCCCACAGAGGGCCUCCUGUCCGCCCUCCUGCACCACACCUCCCCUCCACUGCUCACAGCCUGCCUGUCCAUGAUGGUCCUGCUGCUGCUGGUGUCACUGGGCAGGUUUGUAUACUGGUGGUCAACUCAGAGAGGAGGGAGGAAGCUAGACUGGCCACGUGGAGCGGCGAGGCACGUGGAGAAAGGGGGAGGUUAGAAGGAGACCCGGGGGUCCCCAACACGAGCUCAGCAAUCCGCGUCUCCUUAUUGGGCCAGCAUGUGCGUGCGCUACACAAUAAAAGAACUGGGCGGAGCUUUUCA